AUGGCGUCUCUCGACCUCGAUCUCAACGAGCUCGAGUAUGUGCCCUUAGUGCCUUACAAUGGCACCGGCCCUACAGGAGGAGAUUCUUUGACAGAGGAUCUAAACAUUUGGUAUGAGACUGGUGACAUUGGAUGGAUGAUCACGGCGACGGCUCUUGUGCUGCUCAUGAUUCCAGGGGUUGGCUUCUUCUACUCCGGACUAGCCAGGAGGAAAUCUGCCCUCUCUCUCAUCUGGCUCUCGGUCAUGGCCACUGCCGUCACUAGCUUCCAGUGGUUCUUCUGGGGCUAUUCUCUGACAUUUUCGCAUACUGCCGGCGCUUUCAUAGGCGACUUGUCCAACUUCGGUUUCAGAAACGUUCUCGGCCGUCCGUCAGUUGGCUCCGAUCGACUUCCCGACCUUUUGUUUGCUGUCUACCAGGGCAUGUUCUCUUGCAUCACUGUUGCUCUUGCGACUGGUGCUGUUGCAGAGCGUGGUCGCAUGCUGCCCUGCGUUAUAUUCAUGUUUAUCUGGGCAACCGUCAUCUACGAUCCUAUCGCUUGCUGGACGUGGAAUCCCAGUGGCUGGUCGAACAGGAUGGGAGGUCUAGACUUUGCUGGAGGAACACCUGUGCAUAUCGCAUCCGGCGCAGCGGCUCUGGCGUAUUCGAUGAUGCUGGGCAAACGUCGCGGCCAUGGCACACACGAGCUCAACUACCGACCGCACAACGUAACCCACAUCGUCAUCGGUACUGUUUUCCUCUGGGUCGGAUGGUUCGGUUUCAACGCUGGAUCGGCCCUGUCUGCCAACUUGCGCGCUGUCCUCGCUGCCGUCGUUACGAACCUAGCGGCUUGUGUCGGUGGUAUUACUUGGUGCGUUCUGGAUUACAGAUUGGAGCGCAAGUGGUCCACCGUCGGAUUCUGCUCUGGUGUUGUCGCUGGCUUGGUUUCCAUUACACCAGGCUCGGGAUACGUCCCCGUCUGGGCUGCCGUCCCGUUCGGCGUCCUCGGAGCUGCUUUUUCCAACUAUGCAACUAAGCUCAAGUUUAUCCUAGGAAUUGACGAUGCUCUCGAUAUCUUCGCCGUCCAUGGCGUUGGCGGCCUUGUCGGUAACAUUUGCACGGCAUUUUUUGCUGCUAACUACAUCGCCCACCUUGACGGAAUAUCAACUAUUGACGGCGGGUGGAUCAACCAAAAUUGGAUCCAGCUCGGCUACCAGCUGGCUGAUUCUUUUACCGGUGGUGCCUACUCCUUUGUCGGUACCACCAUCAUCCUAUUUAUCAUGAACAUGAUUCCCGGCCUCCGCCUGCGCGCCACCGAAGAGGCAGAGAUUCUGGGCAUCGACGACGCUGAGAUUGGCGAGUUUGCCUACGACUAUGUCGAGCUCACCAGGGAGGUGCUGAAUGAUAUGGACAAUGAAGCCGCUAGCCGAUACUCGAACGACAUGAUUUCUUUCCAGCCUAUGGAGAAGAACAGCAUUCCCUUGAUGGAUGCCCGGAACUUCGUUGGUUCCUCACAAUACCCAACACAAUUUGGUCAUGCCCAGUGA